GAUUGUUCCUAACUUUCAGCUGAAACGCGAAUGCCUCAGUCACAUUCACUAUUCACACCGUAUCAUUCCAGUAUCGGUGACAAACGCUCCAACGUAAAUAGAUAUAUGUACGUGAAUUCACGGGAAUGAUGAGUUUGACGUUUCGCCUUUUUACACACCGAGAUUUUGAUGUGUAUUUAUCGCAAUACGAGCGACACAUGACAUGACAUGACAUAUUAUCUCACACAUUCGUUCAGACCUUGUACAAGUAAACUUCGACGACAAAAAAAGCUGAACACAUUUAAAGAUUGAUCAUUAUCACAAUCGGGGCUCAUCGGUCAAAUGACCAAAAAUAAAGAACGAAACUGUGUGAAUCAAUAGCCCAAACAAGUUGAGUGAGUAAUUAAUGUGUGUGUACAAAGUUCGGAAAGUGUAACAGAUCUGUAUGAAAGCCGUAGAGUGCGUCAAAAAAUUGGGUGUAGCGCUAAACGUUUUACAAAAAAAAAAUAAUUGAAUUACAAGAACAGGUGAUAAUUGGUGUCAAAACGAAAUAUAAUCAAAAACGUUUGAUGCAGCGCGCAAUGUGUGUUCAUUUCAAUUGGAAACGAUAAAAACAGGCGAUAGGCAUUGACAAUAUAAAUACACGUAUUUGAGUGUGAAUAAUGAAACAUCAUUGAAUUGGAUUCCGUACGCGACAUUGGCAAAUGGCAAAAGUAUUUACAACGGUCGACAAACAGCAAACGUGGCAAACAUGUAAUUUUUGUUCAUUGCAAAUAUUUAAGACCUCUUCCGAGUUUUUAAGGCAUUUACGUGAUCGGCAUUGUACACGUGAAGGUGGUUCGUACGUGUGUCGCUACGGUUAUAAAGGAGUGUGCCAUUCGCUGCCGGUGGAUGGGGUUAGCGAUCGGGAUUAUGAGGCGCAUGUUUUGAAAUUCCAUAUGAAUGACGCCAAGAGAGACGAGCCCGAAGAAUGGUCCGUUUUUAUGGCGGCACAGAACUUACCAGCUGUUCUGAACGAUCCAAGCCGCGGCAAACAAUCCAACAUUUUCACCAAAAAAUGGGGCGAUAGUUUUGUGGAAAAAGUGCACAUCAGCCCAACACAUCUGCUGCCCGACAUCACAUACGAUCAUUUGAAUGAUUACAUCAAACAGAUUGGAAAACGGUAUCGACGUCAUUUACGACUCAACCAGAACAUACAGUCACAAGAGUUCGCGGCGCAAUUUUCAGCGACAAAAAAUAAAACACCACGUCCAUCGACCUCAUCGACCAUCCCUGAUCUGAAUGAAAUCAAUGAGCUCAGCAGCAGCGGCGGUGGCGAUAGCAAUAAUCGGAUUUCAUCUAGUCAUGCCAAUAGAAAACUUACAUAUGAAAUCAAUGACGCCAGCCUAGAAGACAUUCCACAAGUAUUUACCAAACCAAACUUAGAUUUCACGAAUUUAGACACAUUCGAAGCCGUCUUUCCCGGCGUUUGUGAUGAUGAUAACAAAAAAUCAGGCCGCUUAUUGCAGGAAAAACUCAGUCACUACUUGGAUAUUGUCGAAGUGUUGAUUGCAAAACAGGUUUCUGAAAAGUCAUCGGCCUUUUUUCAUGCGAUGACUUCACAAGAUGCGAUUAUGGAGAAUAUGAAUGAUGCCACAGCGAAUGUGGUCAAACUACGCGAGAAAAUGAAAUUGCUCGAUGAAAAAUUAGUAAAAAAUGCUGUGAAUAUUGUAACACUAGAUCGAAAACGAAAUCACUACGGUUUUAUCUAUGAUAAACUGAAGCUAAUGCAAACGGUGCAUCAAACGCAACCAAUGAUACAGCUACUGCUCGGAACACAGGAUUAUGUGGCAGCUUUGGAUUUAAUUUCAACGACACAGGAAAUUGUCGCUCAAGAACUAAUUGGCAUCCAUUGUUUUAAGCAUUUGCCAUCGCAGCUCACCGAAAUGGAGCGACUAAUUGAUAAAAUGUUAGCGACUGAUUUUGAAAAGUAUUCAACCAUGGAUCUGAGUAGACCAAUCAAUGGCAAUGAUGAUGACGAUGAAGAUCGAGUGUAUGAUGAGGAUAAGCUAAUUUGUAUAGUGUCUGGCCUAUUGCGACAGAAAAACUUUUCAUUCAUCGAAACGUACCGUGAUGAAGCGAUCGUAGCGAUACGAGCGCUCAUAAAGCAAUUAGUAAUCGAAGUGAUUUCGACCAGUGACGAUGAACGAUGUUUGACCGGUGCUGGUGAAGUGGCACAAUGCCUAACAAUUGGUGAAUGGAUUUUGUUACUCAAGAAAGCAACGGCAUUAUUACUGGGUUUGCUGAGACGAAUAAAGCGCGUAUUGGAUGUUAUGCAUCAGGUGUCCGAGGCGAGUGCCGGCAAGAGUGUGAUCAACCGUGAUAUCGACGAAACAUUCGACUCGGAAACGUUCCUCAGCGAAAGUGAUCACAAAAAGGUCGAAGAGAAACUGAAAGAUGUGAUGCAUUCCAUUUGUAAUUACUGCUCCGAACGAUGUGCAAAUCUGAUAUCAAGCCAAAGUCUCGAGAAGCAUGUGGCUAGUGCCGAGGAGAUUCAAAGUCUAUCAGAAAUCAUUCGAACAUUCAGCGCUGGCUGUGAGGAACUGUCCGGCACACAACGAAUACCACUUACGGCAGCACUUCAAGCUCAAGCCACGAAGUUUGGGAAUAAAUUUCACACAGAGCGCAAAUCAAAAUUGUCGCUGCUGCUUGAUAAUGAGCGAUGGAAACAAGUCGAAGUGCCUGCCGAGUAUCAAUUCAUGAUUGACCGAAUUGCUGACGGUGAUUUUUCAUGGACCAAAAAUGAAAUCAAUUCCCAGAAACAAGCUAAACCGGCGUCAGUACUUUAUGUCGAUACGGAACCGUUUAUGUUAGUCAAUUCAGCGCUGAUUUUGGUGCAAAUUAUCUCGGAGUAUUGCCAGUGUGCCACAAGUUUACCAAUGAUUUCGAAUCAAUUGUCGCGUCACCUGAUCGAUUUGUUGCGAACGUUCAAUUCGAAGUGUUGCCAGUUGGUUUUGGGUGCGGGAGCUCUUCGCGUUGCAGGCUUAACGACUAUAACGACUGGGAACUUGGCUCUCUCUUCACGUUCUCUCCGGCUGGUGAUUUGGUUCAUACCACGGAUCAAAGGACAUUUUCAACAGUUGGAACACAAAAAUGCCACAAACUCCAAUGAAUCUAAUGGUACUAACAACGUGACAACCAACAACUUUAUAAACACCGGCUACGACACGGUCGAAAAGGACUUUUUAAGUCACAUCAAAGAAAUCGAAACAAAAGUUCUAACCAUCGUAACGACACUGGUGCACAAUUUGCUAAAUACUUGGGACGCACGUCCACCGGUUCCAUCACAAUCAUUCCGAAAUAUUUCAAGACAUUUUAUCAAACUGCAUGAGGCGCUAUCGCCAAUUUUGACCGAGCAGCAAAUCCAUCAAAUGUAUCGCGUGGUGCAUAAAAGUUUCAAAGACAAACUUAGAGAAUUGCUGGUUAAGUACAAUAUUGUGAAUAAUGGUGGGCCACAACACGGGAUGGUCACAUCAGAACUGACUUUUUACAUGGAAACACUACGUACUUUAAAAGCAAUGCCACCCGAUGAACUGGAAGAUGACACACUAAAUGAUAUUUGGGUGAAAUGAAAUUGGGGAGAAAAGGGAAAUGAAAAAUGCCAAUUUGUUAUUUUUGCUGUUGAACGCUAAUCUGAAAAUGAAAUCGACGACGAAAAUUGUUUUAUUUGUAAUAAUUGUAUUAUUGUUUCAACUUCUUUUCUUUUUGUCGAAAAAAUAAAACAAAUCCAAUUGUCAAUAUAGAUAUAUAGAUUUAACGGUAAAAGAAUGUUUAAAUAAAAUAAUUGAUUUGAAAAUAAA